CCCACCAUUAAAUCCCCCAUUAACACACCGUUUACAUUACUCCCACUGAAAAAUAACCACUUUUACUACUAUUACUAAAAAAAUUUCACAUUUUUUGUUUUUUCCUCUCUCACCCUUCAUUUACGAUCGCCGAUCCGACAACUCCUCCAAAUUCCUCGCCGGUGCCGGACCCACACUCCGACCCGGAUCCGAAUAUCCAUCAAAGCACACUCUCAAUUUUUAUUUUUUAUUUUUAAAAAAAUUUUAGACAAACCCUAAUUUUAACCUCCAUUUUUUGUGUAUAAAAAAAUGGGUUUAUCUUCUGAGUUUGUGUGUUAGUGUUGUUGGUUGGUACAGUGAGAUUCACAAGUAGCUCAUCUUGAUUUUGCCUCUUUUGCUUUUGCUCGAGCUCCCAAGUACACGUGGCGAUCUGGGUCGUCUUCAUUUCCACUUUGCUGCUCAAAUUUCAACAUGGAAAUGAUGUUAGAUCCAAGAAUUGGGCUUUUUGCACAAUUGAGUAUAUCGGGCUGGUUAUAGCUUUUGUUUCAAGAGUUUGAUUUUGAAGUGAUUUGAGUUCUCACAUGGAAGCAAACAUAGAGGAGGCUCUUAAAGCGAAAGAGAUAGCCGAGAAGCGAUUUGUGGAUAAAGACUUUGCAGGUGCAAAAAAUUAUGCCUUAAAGGCUAGAUCACUGUAUCCAGGACUGGAGGGUAUAUCUCAAAUGGUGACCACAUUUGAAGUUUUUAUUGCUUCUGAGGCUAAAUGCAAUGGGGAACUGGAUUAUUAUUCAAUUCUUGGGUUGAAGCCUUUUGCUGAUAAAGAUGCAGUAAAGAAACAGUACAAGAAGAUGGCAGUGUUGCUCCACCCUGAUAAGAACAAAUGUGUUGGAGCUGAUGGGGCAUUCAGACUUGUUUCUGAAGCAUGGACGUUAUUGUCUGAUAGUUCUAAGAGAAGCACUUAUGAUCUCAAGAGAAACAAGCAACUAACAUCUGGGGUUAACCAGACCAAUUUAUCUUCAGUCCAUGCUACAGGGGUUACAGGUUUUAACAAUUGUUCCAAUUCCUCGAACUCUCAUGGUAGACUUGACACUUUCUGGACUGUUUGCACCUCUUGUAAAGUUCAGUAUGAGUAUCUGCGGAAGUAUGUGAAUAAGAGACUCUCUUGUAAGAACUGUCGUGGUAUUUUCAUUGCUGUGGAAACUGGGACAGCCCCAGCAAAUGGUUCUUUCCCUUAUUGUCCUUGGUCACAUGUGCCUGGUAAUGGGUAUGGUAGUCAUGGGUUUGAUGGGGUUACUUAUAUCCCGGCAAAUGCUACCUUUGUUACAGGAAAUGGGGUCUCAGGAUUUCAUUCUGGACAUGGGUAUGAGUAUGUUUCAAACGUGUCAUUUCAGUGGAGCUCCUUCUCUGGAACUUCUGCUGGAAUCGUGGGUCCUAAUGGACCAUCUACUGUAUCCACUGAUGUCUAUCAGGCUAAUGGAAAUGUUAAUAAGGCAAGAGCAAAGGUUAAGUCAGGAGCCAAUAGAAAGCAUUCCUUGAAAAAUGCUGUUGCUGUUAUAAAUUCACCCACUGCCUUCAGUGAACCUCCAGUACCUAAGGCUGGUAGACCCGAAAAGAAAAGGAAGAUGACUGUGGGAUCCACUUUGAGAAAUGGGGAUGAAGACAAGGGAUCAAAAUCUGCUUCAGAAACAGGAUUGGAUGAUGGAAAUGUGAGUAAUGGACACGAUCCUAAGCUUAACAAUUCAAGUGAACUUCCAACCAGACGUUCUAUUGCACCUACAUUUGAUGCUAGAAAGUUAUUGAUUGAAAAGGCAAGGACGGAAAUUCGGAAGAAAUUGGAGGAGAUGAAAUUGGCAUCUGUGGCAGCUGCUGCUGCUAAGCAGAAUGCCAAAGCACUGGCAGAAGUUGAUCAAUCUGGAGCUAGUGUGGAGGCAACUAAAAGAGCAGAUACGGGCGCUUCUGGUCUGCUAUUACAGCCAAAUAAAACCAGACCAGUCUCAUUAGUAGUUCCUGACCCUGACUUUCAUGAUUUUGACAAAGAUAGAUCAGAGGAAUGCUUCAAGCCUAAACAAAUCUGGGCUUUAUAUGAUGAAGAAGACGGUAUGCCACGCUUGUACUGUCUGAUCCGUGAGGUCAUCUCAGUCCAACCAUUUAAGAUUCAUAUUGCCUACUUGAACUCUAAAACUGAUAGCGAGUUUGGGUCGGUCAACUGGCUGGAUUGUGGGUUUACUAAAUCUUGUGGCAAUUUUAGGGCAUGGACCUCAGAUGUUGUUGACCAAGUUAAUGUUUUCUCUCAUCUUCUUAGCCGAGAAAAAGCUGGUAGGGGAGGUUGUGUUCGGAUAUACCCCAGAAGUGGAGACAUUUGGGCUGUUUACCGGAAUUGGUCACCAAAGUGGAACAGAUCAACCCCAGAUGAAGUGAGGCACCAGUAUGAAAUGGUGGAGGUUAUUGAUGAUUACUCUGAAGAGCUAGGGGUUAGUGUAGCUCCCCUUGUCAAAUUGGCUGGAUUUAAGACAGUAUAUCGAAGAAAUACGGACAAAAAGGCCAUUCAAUGGAUUCCACGAAGGGAGAUGUUACGCUUUUCACACCAGGUGCCAUCUUGUCCACUUAAGGAAGAUAGGAGUGAUUUGCCAGAUAAGUGUUGGGAUCUAGAUCCGGCUGCAACUCCAGACGAGCUGCUUCAUGCUGUUCCAGAAGGAAAUGCAUAACAUGCUAGUCAAGCAGGAACUGAAGAUCAGUUUGAAGUUCAUUUUAGUAUUCUUUAGACAAAUUUAGAUUUAACUGUACAAAUAUGUCGCUCACACUUGGUUAGAGGCCAAUGCAACAUUAACCCCAAAUGGUUUUAAGGGGUGCAAUGUUUACUGAGUGAAACUCGUGUCUAGAAUAUUAUUAAUUCUUAAUGACUGUUGUUUACAAACAUUUCUUGUCAAUGAUAGAUAUUUGUAACACUUAAUGAGUA